GCCGGCCCCGCCACCACAGGCCCGGGCGAGCGCGGGAAGGAGCCGGAGGGGCUGGAACGCGGCAGGUACACGGGCCCUUUCCAGCCAAACGUGCUCGAGAAUAGUGCUGCUCUUCCCUGCCGCGCGACAGUGGCGGGCGCCUCAGCAAUGAGCCUUCGAAAUGGCCAAGGGGUGGUGAAUGAGCGGUCCUGCACGGUGCUGGAAGCGCUCCGGGUUCCUCCAGCAGGACAUCUCGCUAGGGCUUGUAAAGAAUUAAAACGAGAAUUUAGGCCAACUCUGCUAAAAAUGAGUAACUGUUAAUAGUAUGCCAUAUGUAUGUACUGCAUUUCAAAGUUAAUUUAGCUUAAAACUAAUGAAAAGUUUAUGAUAAUGCCUAAAGUUGUGAGCACCUUCAAAAUUAACUAAGACUGGCACUGAAGAAUGUAUGUCCUUUGAUGGGAUUUAAUCCAAACCAGUAGGCAUUUGGGUCAGUAAUCAUAUAUAAUGGGAAGUAGGAAGUUACGUGACUGGCAGAUGAGAAGUUUGUUAGAAGUAGAAAAUCCAAUGAUCUUCUUAUAGUUUUCUGAAACUGACACCUGUGAGUACUGAAAUCCUGAAGAAGCUGCUGAGUGAACAUCUGUUCAGUAAAUCAACACUGGCUUCAGCACAGCAUGCUUUGCUAAGUCUUGCUUUCCUCCCCUGUUUCCAAUUUAAAAUUUAACAUAAUUUUGUCUAGCAUUUUUUAUUUGGUUUAGGCAUUUGGUUUAUUUCAUCCAAAUGUAUUUCACAAGUCAGAAGUGAAAAGUUCAGCAUCUUGUAAAUGAAAAAUCUGUGUGAUUUAUGGAAAUCUCCUUCAUAUGAACAUGGAAUUGUUUUCUGCUGUAGUUUUACUCUCAGAUGCCUUGGAAUUGUUAUGUGGGUUUGUACAAGGCCUGACAGGUACCUUAUGUGCCACCCUUGGAGCUCACCUGACAGGGCUUGGGUCUCACUCUGUUAUUUGCAUGUAAACUGUAACUGGGUUAAUCUGGAAUUUUUUAGCAGGAGGAUACAGAACCCGUCCAAGUUACAAAUUUCAUAGUUACAAAAUUUGUAACUGGUCUAGUUUAAAAAAUACAUGCUCCUUUUCUAAAACAUCACAGAUCUGUAAUACAUAACGUAGACUUUGUUCUAUUAGUUUGAGUGAGUUCUGUAUUCAUAGGCAUCCAGUAUAUUAGGAGGUGACGGGCAAAAAGUAAAAACCCCAAACAUCUGAUACAGCUGGUCAGAUUUGAUCAUGGAAUAGUACUAGUUCUGGUUUUUGGAUAGGAUGUAGAGCAAUAUGAAAUUGUUAUCAUUCUUUCUAAAUGCUGCCAUCAGUGGUGUGUGAAAAGGUCCAGAAAGAUGACUUGAAGCUAUGCAUAUUCAACAUAAGCAACAUACUUGUUGCAAGAUAUGCUAGAAUUGUCUCCCAAAACUUCGUUUUAAAUUUAUUGUUCUUGCAAAGCAUAAAAGAAUUAAAACAUUGUAAAAUAACAUUAAUUCUAUUACAACAAAGCCUAGCUCUUAAAUGUUACCCUUCCAAACUUCAGUCCCUUUGUGCUUUUCCCAGGAAGGGAAGACUUCCCCCCCCCCCCCCCCCCGAAUGAAUUAUGAAAACUUUGUUUUAUUUAGUAUGCAAUAGUCAGUAUGAACCUUGGACCUUUCUAAUUCUUAUUUUUAUUUCCUUUGGAAAGCCUUAACUGGCUGGACUUUUCCCUUUCUCCGUGCGCCUCCUGACAGCUCCUGGGCAGCGCGGUGCCUCGGGGCAUGCGCACGGUGAAUGGCAGCGCAGGGCACGUGGAGUGCUGCGGCUGCGGGCCGCGUCCGGGAGAGCUCCACAGGAAGGGUGCUGAGCAAAGUGUCAGUGACAGCAGUGUUGUGCAGUAUGCUAUAUGGCUUUUUGUUCUAAGAAGAGGUUUGUACAGAUAUUAAAGGAAAUCCACUUCCAUCCAUCUUUCUGGAACGAUUUCAGUACCUUGCACAGGCUGCACAAAUAAGGUUUUUUCUUCCUCAGCCGACCUAGUGGGUACUGCUGCCAUCACCUUGAUAUCGUUGCACUGUUGGAGUCAUGCCUGUAAUUGAACAGCAUUCAAGUUUGCUGAAGGUACCUCAGAUUUUACUUCUUAAUACAGUGACCAGACAGGAUGAAAGAAGAAUGGUCUUCUGUUUUUCAAAUAUUUGAGUUUCUUGUUUGUAACAGCAUGGUUUACUGCAAAAAGUGAAAGAAGAGUAUUUCUGGAUACUUUAAAGCUAGCUGGUCGGCAUAGCAAAAUGCUGGGUUUGAGGCAGCUUUGCUUGUUUACACUGAGACGUUACCAAGCUCGGACUCUGUGUAGUGACCUGCUUUUGAGCCAGAUCAAUGGCUGCACCCAUGAAGAUGAAGUGUUCAACCUUGUUGGGAGGAACAAAGCCAGACUUUCUGAAAAGCAUGUGGGAAUUGCAUUGAACAUGCUGUGGCAGUUGCAAAAGAAGGAGCCCUUUCUUUUGAGGGCUAGUGAUUAUGUAAGAAAUCACUCCCAGUUUCUUACCCUUUGCAUUUUGGCAGAAAACAAGGUGGAACACAUGGAAGAUGAGGUGAUAGUGGACAUCUUAUAUAGCAUCCUGAGACUUGGUGUUGAAGACCAUGCUUCUCUAGUGAAAGUGCUUGUUACAGAAGCGUGGAAAAGAUUAGAAAGGCUUAGUUUGCCAGCUCUAUCUAAAUUUGCUCUGUGCUUAUACAAGCAACACCGGCAAUUCAGUCCCAUAAUUGGCCAGGUAGCUCAUAUUGUGGACAUGAAACUGGAUUCUAUACAGGAUAUAAGGAUCUUGUCAGUUUUGAUGAUCAGCAUAUCUGAAGUUAUCACAGAGAGUUUUCGAGAUCGAUUACUACACAAGGCUGAGCAGCUCUUACAAGAAAAGGAUGAAGUCCACUUCAACUAUGCCAGAAGAAUACUACAGUUUCUCCAAAAUGUUAAACUGAGAUAUCAUCCAUUGCUAGAAAAAUGCAACAGGAUUUUCCUUGAAAAUACCUCCGAUCUUGACAUACACAGUAUUAGUCAUAUUUUUGGACUGUAUGAACAGCUGGGUUUUGACAGUGCUGAAUUCCGCCUGGUUGUUAAACAGCUGCUAUCUGAAACUAUAGAUGAUUAUUAUGAUCCUGAAACAUUUGCAAAAUUAUUUUUUUCUCUUGGGCCUAUGGCAGGAUCCAAGGUUAGAGAAAGGUUGCUAGUAACUGCAGGAUGCAUGGCAGAGGAAUUUAGCAGUUACCAAGUAUUGAUGAUACUGAAGACUAUGCAGAAAAUGAAAUGCAGAAAUUCUCAUCUACUCAAAAAAAUGACUUCUGUUCUGCACAAACACUUGGAGAGCUAUCAUGUAUUACAAUUGGUGAAGUUAACACAGUACUUGGUGAUGUUGCGUUGCCAGGAUCUGGAGCUGUUUGCCAAACUAAAAAUGUUACUAUUAGGUUAUUUAAAAUCUAGUGUGAUACCUGCUGAUACUGCAGCAGUAAUUCGCAUUCUGACCAUGCUUCCUUCUUUUCAAGUGAAGGAAAUUAUUAUAAACAAAGCAGCAGCAGUUUUGCCUCAAUGCAGACUCCAUCAUUUGAAUUGCAUUGCUACAGCUCUUGUCAAGUGGAAUCAUCAUGGCCAGUUGCACUGGCAGAACAGUUCUGAGCUAUGUGCCAAGCUUCUGCAAAGACUAAAUGACUGUGGAUUGCAGAGGCUUCAGAAAGCCAACAACUUAAAUCUUCUGUUGGAAGAACUUCCAUAUGUGAAUGGAGAGUGGUUUGGAGAAGUCCUGAAUGAGGAAAGUCUGGCCGUGUGUCAACGCUUGAUAGAUCAAAUAACAUGGGAAAAUAUUUUACCCUUGUCUUUUUUCCUCAUAAAAUCAGACCACCGUUGUCCUGCAUUACUUGACAGAAUAUCUUCUGUGACUGUUGAAAGUAUAGACAAGAUUCCCCCCUCUGAAAUCUAUUUUAUUCUUUUCCUUUUCUCCACGUUGAAUUAUGACCCUCCUGACAAUGAAGAAUUCUUUAAGAGUUGUAUCCAACAUCUUACUUCUAACUUGAGUCAUCUUGAAGCUUAUCACUUGGUGCUGCUUGGUCAUGUUUUGGCAAUGGCUGGGUAUUUUCCUCCAGGUCUGAUAACAACAAUCUUUAAUGUUUCUUUCCUAAGCAAAUUGGAUGCUCAACUUAAAGUCCUGCCUGAUACGGUGAAGCAGAGGGUCCACUCAAGCCUCAUGAAAUUGAACAGGGCAGUCUGUCUGGAGUGCCCAGAGUUUCACAUCCCUUGGUUUCAUGAGCCAUACUGCCAACGUGUGUUUCAUAGCAGCGUGAGCCGAAUAAAUCCACAGCGACAGCAUAUUCACAGAAUGCUGACAGAGAUCUUAGGAGGGAGGCAUUACUCAAGAAUAUCUGUUCUCACACCAUACUACUAUGAAAUAGAUUUUGAGUGUGUCCUGGAUGUAAAUAAAAAGCCUCUUUCCUAUAUGGCUCAGAAUAUACCUUUGGAUAGUAGUGGGGGAAUACACUUGAGACAUGGCCUCAAGGAUGAAGGGAGAAAGGCUCUACCACCAGGUGCUCAAAGAAUUGCUUUGGAAUUUCUUGAUUCAAAAGCUUUUAGCAAAGAUUAUUCACGUCAUCUGAAAGGAGAACCUGCAGUGAAAAAGCGACACCUGGAAAUGCUGGGGUACCGAGUAGUUCAGAUUCCUCACUUUGAAUGGAAUUCUAUGGUUCUGUCAACAAAAGGUGAACAGCUGGAAUACCUGCGACAGCAGCUGUAUGGAAUACAGUGAUACCAGACAUGCAGUCUAAAGUACUUUUAUAAAAACAGUUUUGUACCAUCAAACGUCUCGUAAUCCUGGAAUAGUUAAGUUUCAAAAAUCUCUUUAUCUGUAUCAGCUGCACCAAGGCUUGCCAAGGUCAUCAGAUGUAAAAAGAUGUAAUCCUCAAUUCAUUAGGGAUUGCAAAAGGCAGGUCAAAGUGGGCUGUGAACAUGGGAUAAGGAUGCUUAAAAUUUCUCACAUCUGGAAGCUAUUACGAGCACAUGAAUCUGGCAGUUUUGCAAUCAAGUUACAUUAUUAUCUCCUAAAUAAAUAGUGCAGGGGCUUAACCAGACAUAAAACUCUCUACAGAAAAAGUUGGAAAUACUAUUGACUAGGAGAGUGGAGUCAGCAGUCUACUGGAAGCUAUGUCUGUCCUCCAGCAUGUGACAGAAUGAGCAGUCAGGAAUUGAACAAUAUCUGUACCCUGAAACCAAGAAACUAAAAUACAGAUUUGCUAAGAGGAGGGCUGCUUUUAGAGCUAUUCAGUUUCCAUUCUCAGAACAGAGGUGCUGUGGGGGACUGUGCUGGGGGAGAAUGUUGUGUGGUGAGGAACCUCCAGCUGCUUUUCCUACGCUAUGACCUGGUGUGUGCAGAACAGCUGAGCCUUCUGGAAUACCUUCACAUACUUGAAAACCCUGCUAGGGUUUGUGCAGGAGGCAUAAGACACUGAGAUGUAGAAGGAAGAAGUGGAAUAGCCAGGAGAAUAUUCAUUGUAGAGCAGUAACUGCAGGGGUGUCGUGCUUGGCAAAUUACCCCAUUUCCAGAGGCAGCCACAUUGUGCCUACAGCUGCCAUCACCUUAGGGUGACUGCCAGCUGUGCCUCUUUUCUCACAUUUGGAAUGAGGAUAUGUUUUCUUGCUUAUUUAAUAGAAGCAGAAUGCAUUCUUUUACCACUUCACUUGAAACCUGGCAGAGAUAAGCAACUGCGUAUCUGAAUUGGCCAUUAUGCAUCUGGCUGUCACCUUUUUUUUUUACUAUUCAGUAGCAGAAGAAAAAUUCAUUAUUAAACUGAAUACAAGUCAGGACAGGAAUAAAAAGUCAGGAAAAACCAACAGAACUGAUCUAAGCUGUAAGGACUUUUCUUCUGAGGCAGCCCUCAUGUUUGUGGGAUGACUGACAAAACUAGUAGAUCCUAGUCUAGACACUCAGGGUUAUCAAAUAGACAAGGGCUCCAAGACUGCUUUGAGGAAAUGUCAUUGAAGGCACAGCACAUAGAAAGAUUCUGUGUGCAUUAUAUUUUGUAUAAAAUGGAGAAGACAAUCUAGGUUAGUAUUUCAGAAGGUGGACUACAUGUCAAAGAGCUCUUGCAUGACUCUCCUUCUGUACAGAUGGUCUUGAAGUAGCAACCUCGGAGUGUUGGAAAGCUGGCAGUGCUGAAGUUACCAGUCAGGAUGGUCGUGUUUGAGCUGAACCCUGCUUUUCAGGGUUCUAGCAGUCACUGUACCAAGCCAGUUUUCUUCAAAUGAUGUAUGGAUAAAGUUAUGAGUAUGCAGAAUGGGAAGAAGAUUAAAACUUGUUAUGAGGGUCCAGAAAGGGCACUGAAGAAAAACAAAAAAAGGCAAUUCAGUAAAAUGUGUUGUCCUUGA